GUUUCUGCUUAUAAAGUGAAUCACAACAUGGUCACAUGCAGAGACUUUCUCAACUUGUUGGUCUGUGAAUUGUGAAACACAAGAGUCUCCAUCACAAAGAAGAAUCAAUGGGUCUUUAUGGGGGAUCAGUUUGAAGCACAUACUCUUUCCAACCCUUCUUGUAUUAUUGCUUAAGCAUGUUUAGUUUUUCUGCCAUUAAUACAGUGCCUCUAUAAAUAAGUUGUCCAACAGAACUCAAAUUCCUCACAUCACAAUAGCUCAGAUUCUUUCUGUUUCCCGUUGUUCUUUACUUGUAUUUUCAUUUAAGUUCAAAAACUUCUCUACCAUCGGAUCGGAAUUCGACUUCGAAUUCGGUCCGAUUGGUUUCGAGAUUUUACGUAAAAGAUGAUUAAUUAGUUCUGUUUUUGUUUCUGUUAUUGAUUGUGUUAAUUGGGUUUCUCUAUUUUGUCGGAUUUCAGAAACAUAUAUACUCUAUCAGCUUUUCUUUGGUCAUAUUAGCAGUUUUAAAUUCAGAAAAAUGGAAGCUAUAAUGAGGGUGGCAUCAAAGAAAGGAGUUGUAAUCUUUAGUAAGAGUUCGUGUUGCAUGUGUUAUGCUGUCAAGAUUCUGUUUCACGAGCUCGGCGUGAACCCGCUGAUCCAUGAACUUGAUCAAGACCCCGAAGGAAGAGAAAUGGAGAAAGCACUUGUGAGGAUGGGAUGUAAUACACCUGUACCAUCCGUUUUCAUUAAUGGUGAGUUUGUAGGAUCCACCAAUGAAGUUAUGUCUCUUCACCUCGGAGGUUCAUUGCUUCCGUUGCUUAGACCAUAUCAAGCUUUACCUUGAUCAGUAUACCAGCACUCCGAUCUCCAUGUUUGAAGAAUAACCUUGGUUUAAUACUACAAACCCAUAUUAGCCCUUCUUAUUUCAGUAUCCAUGUAAUAGUAAUUUAACUCGCUUGUUUGCUUUCGAGUAUCUUAUGCGUGUAUCUUGCAUCUCCUAUUUCCUAAUGAAGUUGCCUUGAUUGGUUUACCUAUCA